AACAACUACAUCACAGUAUCACACGAAAGUCCCAACCAAAAAUAACGUCGUAUUAAUCGCCCGCUCUUCGGAGAUUUCGAAGCCAAGCUUUAUAGAACAUAAAAAUCCGUACUUCUUUCCCAUUUCGUAUCAACAAAUCCACAAUCUUUCUUUGUUUUCUAGGAGCAUGGCUACAUUUGCCGCAGGAUCUGCCGUCGUUGCCUUCAGGGACACCGGAAUUUCCGAUAAAUCUUCACUCUCCGGCCACCAUAAAUUCACUCAGCUGCGCCAAUCUUCCGCGCCGCUUAAGCUCCACUGUGGAUCCGGGUUUUCCUUGAAAUGUGGAUCCAAAAGCUCCUUCUCUCGCUAUGGUGUUAAAGCUCAGGUUGCUGCAGUGGAACAGGCAAGUACUGAAGUGACUCCAAAAGUAGAAGCCCCUGUAGUUGUUAUCACUGGAGCCUCUAGAGGAAUUGGCAAAGCCAUUGCCUUGGCUUUAGGGAAAGCAGGGUGUAAGGUUUUGGUUAACUACGCAAGGUCUUCAAAGGAGGCGGAAGAAGUUUGCAAAGAGAUCGAGGCAAGUGGUGGCCAGGCUCUUACUUUUGGUGGAGAUGUUUCGAAAGAGGCUGAUGUGGAAUCAAUGAUGAAAACUGCAGUCGAUGCGUGGGGAACUGUGGAUAUAUUGAUCAAUAAUGCAGGCAUUACUAAGGAUGGUUUGCUAAUGAGGAUGUCUAAAUCUCAAUGGCAGGAUGUUAUUGAUCUGAAUCUCACCGGUGUUUUUCUCUGUACACAGGCAGCUGCCAAAAUAAUGAUGAAGAAGAAAAAGGGAAGAAUAAUCAAUAUAGCCUCAGUUGUUGGGCUUGUUGGCAAUUUUGGGCAAGCUAACUAUAGUGCUGCAAAAGCAGGUGUAAUUGGACUGACUAAAAGUGUGGCAAAGGAAUAUGCAAGUAGGAAGAUUACCGUGAAUGCUAUUGCUCCGGGGUUCAUUGCAUCUGAUAUGACCUCUAAGCUAGGGGGAGACAUUGAGAAAAAGAUUUUGGAACAAAUCCCAUUAGCAAGGUAUGGCCAGCCGGAAGAAGUUGCUGGACUAGUAGAAUUCUUGGCAUUGAGUCCUGCGGCAAGCUAUAUGACAGGACAGGUUUUGACUAUUGACGGAGGUAUGGUAAUGUAAGAGGGGAGGGGUUACAAGAAUUCCAUACUUUGGCGCUUUCUUGGACUUGUGGUUCUAGCUCUAUUUCAUUACCAAGAACUUGCUGUUGCUUUUUUGUAAUGAGUUCAUACUUGAGAUUAUGGUGGAAUAAUCAUUGCAUUAUAGAUGUAAUCUUAAUAUAAUCAACAUACACUUCAUGAGGUAAUCUGAUAUUGUCGGUGGUUUGAAAGUC